CUGCUCUAAUCUGACCGUAUAUAUAAAAACCGACAUAGCUUGUCCUUCACAUCGGAUCUAUUUGUGCAGGUGUAUAGAACCAGAAUGGGGAGUCACCGCCAUGUUUCUACUAUCGUGGCGCUGUUGAUAUUAUGUGUGUCAUUAGCACAUGCAGUCAACAACUACUGCUGGCCUGGCAUGUCAUGUUUCCCGUCCAAUGAGGAACAAUCAAAAUUUAUGGUUUCAAUAGAGCUCCAUGAACUAUUUCCAUUUCAACCGGGAUACGACAGCAUUGUCGUAAUGCAGAACACUAGGACAACCAAAUUUCCGCACUCUAUUGUAACUCCGUUUUCGACCGAGGAAGUACAGAAGGCGGUACUAUUUGCGCGAAAGUUUAACCUUCAUAUGACAGUGAUUUCCUCCGGACACGACUAUUUCGGGAGAUCCACCGGGGACGGAAGCUUCCAGAUCAGUCUCCGAAACAUAUCUGAUAUCGACGUCAAAUUGUCCUCCUCACGACACCCAGACGGAGAGGUGACCAUUGGCAGCGGAGCACCUUGGCUAAGUGUUUACGAAAAACUCAACAAGUACAAUCGUGUCGUGGUUGGUGGAAGUGCACACACAGUUGCUAUGGGAGGAUAUACGCAUGGCGGCGGUCAUAGCCCGAUGUCCCGUAUGUUUGGCCUCGCUGUGGAUAAUCUUCUCGAGGUCGAACUCGUCUUGGCGGAUGGUUCGAAGGCAAUCGCCUCAGCAGACGGUACAGAAAUUACAAGCGUAGAUGGCAAGGUAAACCACACGACCGACUCGAGUCUGUUCUGGGCCUUACGAGGGGGCGGUGGGGGUACGUUCGGUAUCUCCACAAAGUUCACAUUCAAAAUACACAAGGCCGCACCGGGAGUCGUGAACCUCAAUAUAGUCUACCCGAUGAUACUUAAGAACGGGACUUUUAUUGGUGACGAAGUCCUUAAAAAGAUGUCUGAGAUUAUUCUGACAGCUCCGCGAAAUUGGGGAGGGUACUUCAGCAUAAACGGAUAUCCAGACGGAAACACAAGGGGAUCCAUCAGCCUGUUUGGUAACCAUUACGGGACCUGGGAGACGGCGUCGCGCACAUUUAUGGAUGAGUUAUACAACUUUAAUCCAGAAUGGCAGAAAUAUAGGUAUUAUACGAAUUACACAACUUUCCUUGACUACGAACGAACGGCCAUUGACGCUAAAUACUACACAACAUACGUUUCAAACAUCCUCAUGAACAACAGGAGCUUCACUCCCGAGUGGAGAAAAACUUUGAUCGAAAAUGCAUUUGCAUUCCCAUUGAACAAGUCCGCGAUUGUCGCAACAGGAACAUGGAUUGGAGGAAAGGUUCAUGAAGUUGAUAUCGCAGACACAGCAGUACAUCCGGGCUUCCGAGAAUGCUAUAUGUCUUUGACUUCCGGCGUAGGCUGGUCAGCGGGGUUUGGUGACCAUGAAAAUGAAUUUGUGGAAGAAGGUCAAAAGCUAAGAGAAAAGAUGCGCCCUUUUGGUCAUGGAAGCUAUCGGAAUGAAGGAUCCGCCGAUUCACCUUCAUGGAAAGACGAUUUUUGGGGCAGCAAUUACGACCGUCUUCUUGAAAUCAAGCGUAAAUAUGACCCUGAAAACUGGUUUUCGUGCCUAGACUGCGUUGGAAGUGAUGUUCUGUAAUGGUUCAGUAACAUACAUUAAGCUUGAAAGCAGCAUCGUACACACAUUCAAUGGAACGUCUAUGUAACAAUGGAGGAAACAAUAUGAUCGUUUUGGUGAUUUUAUUUUUAUGUGAAUCAAUCACAUUUUUAUUAAAAUCUGCAAAAAGAUGAUUUUAUAUGAUUUAAUGAUGAUUUUAUAAACGAUAUAUGAUUUGCAAAUUAGUCAGUGUUUACAUUAUAGUUAAUACAAAAAAUUGGAUUUAAGUCCGCAUGACAGGAAAAUUAUUAAAAAAAUAAAAAAAGAUGCCUUUUGCUGCUAUACAGCUCUUAAGGAGAAUGAUUUUAUUUUGCAGGUACAAUCAAUCAACAUAAAAAUAUAUAAAAUGACGCGUGUAUUGUUAUGUAUGUCCGCUAUAUCGUUAUGUAUGUCUGCUAUAUUGUUAUGUAUGUCCGCUAUAUUGUAACGUUGAUUGGUCGUGCUUUCAAAUUAAAAUCAUUCACCUGAAGCAGCGAAAGGCCUUGAA